AUGUCUUGUAAUGACGAGAAUAUGAGCCUCUUGGUUAAGUAUUUGGCGAUAUGUUGUUGCGUCGGCACUACUCUAGCGGAAACGCCAAUUGCUCCUCCUGGGUUAACAUCUCCACUGAACCCAUAUUACGCGGGCCGUAAUCCUCUUGCACCUGGUUACAAUCCUUAUUACAACUCGGCAAGAGCAGCUGUUCCCAUCUUAAGCUACUCUGAUAACCACGGAAUCGAUGGAAGUUACUCAUAUAGUUUCGCAACGGGUGACGGCAAGCAAGCUCAAGAAACUGGAUUUUUAAAAGAUGCUUACAUAGAUAAGACUGGGGAACCUCAAGGAACUCAGGUUAAAGAAGGCAGUUAUGGCUACACAUCUCCUGAAGGUAUACCAAUCCAAGUGAACUACGUCGCUGAUGAAAAUGGGUUUAGACACUCUGGUGUCCAUUUUCCUGCUGGUGGUAAAGGUGUAGUUCCAUCACCAGUAUUUAAUGGUUUAAAUCGACCAUACGAUCCCCGGUACAAUAUUAAUAACCCAUAUAACAACUACGGGAAUCGCUUCGGUCAGUUUGGCCAGUAUAACCCAGGAUCACCUUUUGAUGCUAGGUAUCCUAUCAACCCGGGGUACAACAGCCCAUGGGCAGCCCCUACGGUAUUGGGUAAAGUGAAAAGUCAAGUUAAAUAUUUUUUAUUGGUUGUGAUGGUUGGAGCGGUGGCGGCAGACAUCAGCAGCAUACAACCUUAUUUAUACCAACAGCAAAUCCACCAACAACAGCAGUACACCACGGAGCCUAUUCCUAUCAUACAACAAGAUCAAAUCAUCAACCCCGAUGGCUCAUAUAAAUGGAAUUACGAAACUGGUAACGGAAUAAGUGCUGAAGAAGCAGGCUACGUAAAGAACCUCGGUAUACCCGAUCAAGAAGCUCAAACUGCGCAAGGGCAAUAUAAGUACACAGCGCCGGAUGGGCAGAUUAUUCAACUGCAGUAUAUAGCGGACGAGAAUGGUUUCCAGCCACAAGGUGCCCAUUUGCCAACACCUCCACCCAUACCAGCAGACAUCCAAAAGGCCCUGGAUCACCUCGCCACUCUUCCCCCUCAAGUUCCAGAGCCUAACCAAUAUAGACUAGUUUAA